AUUAUUAAAAAUAUAUACAAUUAAAAACAAUUAAAACAUCUGCAGAGUCCCCAUUUCGAUUUGCGCUCCGGUUUUUUUGUUGUUGUUGUUGUCAGCGUUGCUUUUGUUUGUUUGUUUUGUUUUCCCCAACCGCUUCCUGGGAAAUGGGAAAAGUUACUAGCUGGUACCCAGGGUGGCGUUUCGCUUUGCUCGCCGCUCGGAUCUGGCUUUUGAUCCUUACUUUUGGCUUUAUCGGAGCAGACAUCACUUGCCGAUCGUGCCGCUGGCAGGUGCGGCUACAGCCGCAGCCACCAGCCCGAGGAUUAUUAAUGAACUUGAGGCCAGCACAAGGAGGCGAUGAGGCCGGAGAGAUACCUGUGGAUAAAAGAGGUGAGAAGCCCGCGGAUCGCAACCGAGAAGCGGCGGAUGCCGGGAGUCCGAUCUCGGCUGCUUCUGCCGGGGAGCAACGUGUCGGGAUGGGAUCAAAGGGUUGGAUGGGAUCGAGCAAAGGGACCGGCGAGCUCCCAGAAUUUCCCCCGAUCCGACUCAGACUAUCUCCUCCAGAUGUUGAAAGGCCCAUCCGCAAAAAGUUAGCCUCGGCUCCCGCUCUGUUUCCAGCAGGGAGUGCAGGGCGUCGGGGGACCAGUUUGGAGCCUGGCCGGAGAUCCGGAUCGGCGCUCCUGAGCCGGCGGAGAAGAAAUAACCGGAACGAUCGGAGGAGGCGGUCGAGUCGGAAACCCAGAGGAGCUCCGGCUGAAAGAGACGCGCAGCUGGAGAGCAGGGCACGGGCAGCGCCGGAGCAGCUGCUGGCAAAAGCCACGCGCUUCCGACAGGAAGAACUCAAAUUGACAAGUACGACCUUUGCUCUCACUGGAGAUUCGGCGCAUAACCAAGCCAUGGUGCACUGGUCGGGCCACAACAGCAGUGUGAUUUUAAUUCUGACAAAGUUGUAUGACUACAACCUGGGAAGUAUCACAGAGAGCUCAUUGUGGAGGUCAACUGAUUAUGGGACAACAUAUGAAAAGAUGAAUGACAAAGUGGGUCUGAAGACCAUUUUGAGCUACCUUUAUGUCUGCCCAACAAACAAGCGGAAGAUUAUGUUGCUUACGGAUCCUGAGAUUGAGAGCAGCCUGCUGAUCAGUUCUGAUGAAGGAGCCACCUAUCAAAAAUACCGGUUGAACUUCUACAUCCAUAGCAUGCUCUUUCAUCCCAAGCAGGAGGACUGGAUUUUGGCAUACAGUCAGGAUCAGAAGUUGUACAGUUCAGUUGAAUUUGGAAGAAGAUGGCUACUUCUACAAGAAUCCAUAACCCCAAAUAGAUUCUACUGGUCUAAAAUGGGUACUAGCAAAGAUCCAGACAUAGUCCACAUGGAGGCAAAAACACUGGAUGGCCAUGCACAGUACAUCACCUGUAGGAUGCAGAACUGCUCUGAAGCUGUAAGAAGCAAACCUUUCCCUGGAUACAUUGAUUCCGACUCUCUCAUUGUCCAAGAUGAUUAUGUAUUUGUUCAGCUGACAUCUGGAGGUCGGCCACAUUACUACGUGUCUUACCGCAGAAAUACUUUUGCACUGAUGAAACUUCCUAAAUAUGCUUUGCCAAAGGACAUGCAUGUUAUCAGCACUGAUGAGAAUCAAGUGUUUGCUGCAGUUCAGGAAUGGAACCAGAAUGAUACAUACAACCUUUACAUCUCUGAUACCCAGGGGAUUUACUUUACCCUGGCUUUAGAAAAUGUCAAAAGUAGUCGAGACCUAGAAGGCAAUGUGAUGAUAGACCUGUAUGAGGUAGCAGGGAUAAAGGGAAUGUUCUUGGCUAACAAGAAGAUUGACAACCAAGUAAAAACUUUCAUCACCUACAACAAAGGCCGAGACUGGCAUUUGCUGCAGGCCCCGGACACAGAUCUGAGAGGGAACCCUGUUCAUUGCCUACUACCAUAUUGCUCUCUUCAUCUCCACCUGAAGGUUUCAGAGAAUCCUUACACUUCUGGUAAUAUUGCCAGUCGCGAUACAGCUCCAGGAAUCAUUGUAGCCUCUGGUAACAUUGGAUCAGAGUUGUCAGAAAAUGAUAUCAGCAUGUUUGUUUCGUCUGAUGCUGGAAACACUUGGAGACAAAUCUUUGAAGAUGAACACAGCGUCCUUUAUCUGGACCAAGGUGGGGUUUUGGUUGCUAUGAAACAUACAUCUCUGCCUAUCAGACAUCUCUGGUUAAGUUUUGAUGAAGGAAGAUCUUGGAGCAAGUACAGUUUCACCUCCAUCCCGCUUUUUGUUGAUGGGGUUUUGGGAGAGCCUGGGGAAGAGACUUUAAUAAUGACUGUUUUUGGACACUUCAGCCAUCGUUCUGAGUGGCAGUUGGUAAAAGUGGAUUACAAGUCCAUUUUUGAUAGACGCUGUGCAGAAGAUGAUUAUCGACCCUGGCAGCUUCACAGCCAGGGAGAAGCAUGCAUCAUGGGAGCCAAAAGGACUUACAAGAAGCGUAAGUCAGAAAAGAAAUGCAUGCAAGGCAAGUACGCUGGAGCCAUGUCCUCUGAGCCAUGUGUCUGCACAGAAGCAGACUUUGACUGUGAUUAUGGGUUUGAGCGCCACAGCAAUGGCCAGUGUUUGCCAGCUUUUUGGUAUAACCCAUCAUCUUUGUCAAAAGAAUGCAGUCUUGGUCAAAGUUAUCUCAAUAGCACUGGGUACAGAAAGGUCGUGUCUAAUAACUGCACAGACGGUGUGCGUGAGCAGUACACAGCCAAACCACAGCAGUGUCCUGGCAAAGCCCCGCGAGGACUUCGGAUUGUCACAUCAGAUGGCACACUGACAUCAGAACAAGGGCAUAAUGUUACCUUCAUGGUACAGCUGGAAGAGGGUGACAUUCAAAGAUCAAUAAUCCAUGUGGAUUUUGGAGAUGGUAGUGCUGUGUCAUAUGCCAAUCUCAGCUCAACAGAAGAUGGAAUCAGGCACAUCUAUCAGAAUGUUGGCAUCUUCCGUGUAACUGCACAGAUCAAAAACAGCCUGGGGACUGACACUGCAGUUCUGUAUUUGCAUGUAAAUUAUGUUCUGCCUUUGAUAAAAACUGUUGAUGGUACAGGUGUUAGGUUUUAUUUCAUGCAAACAUAUUUUAGAGAUGAACCAAGAAUUAGAAAACCAUUAAUUACUCUAGAAGGGAGUAUCACAUUUACUUUCUCUACAGAAGGUAUGAACAUAAUCACAGUACAAGUUUCUGCAGGAAAUACAAUUCUGCAAGACACCAAGAUGAUUGCAGUAUAUGAGCAUUUUCAGUCUUUACGCAUUUCGUUUUCUCCAAAUCUGGAUGACUAUAAUCCAGAUAUUCCUGAAUGGAGACGGGACAUUAGUCAUGUCAUCAAAGCCGUUCUAGUUGAGGCAACAAUCAUUUCUAGUGAACAUAUUUUGGUAGCAAUCCUGCCAGGAUUACCCACCUCAGCUGAACUCUUUAUUUUGCCCUAUAAGAAUACCAAUGGAGAAAGUAAAGAAACAGCUGAAGAUCUGCAACAGAUUUCAGAAAUAUUGGUCCAGAAAUUAAACCAAAAUGCCAUUCAGUUCAACUUAAAACCUGGAGUUAGAAUCCUUGUUCAUGCGGCUCAUUUAACAGCAGCUCCACUCAUAGAUGUCACGCCUAGCCAUAGUGGUUCAGCCAUGCUAAUGUUGCUGUCUGUAAUAUUUGUAGGAUUGGCAGUAUUUGUAAUCUACAAAUUCAAAAGGAAGAUUCCGGGCAUUAAUGUUUAUGCACAGAUGCAGAAUGAGAAAGAUCAAGAGAUGGUCAGUCCAGGCAGUCAAAGUGAAAGCAUUCCUAAUGUCCCUCAGAGGGAGCUGAUGAACCCACAGCAACUAGUAGAUGAGAAGUUGGAUACCAGGCCUACAGGAAGUAUUUCCACAGUUGCUGAGACUCAAAGCACAAAAGAAAUUCCUACCUGUGUUAAUGUUUGA